CAAACAGACACCAUUUCAUUCACAAGAGUCCAUUCACCAUUAUACACGGAUCUAAAAAGGAGAAAAAAAAAAGGUCUUGAGGGGUCAUUGAGUUAUCUUUCAUUGGCGGCGCUCGAUUCUGCAGCACGUUGACGUGCCUGCUCCCGAAUCUUCAGGUCUUCCUCCAACUUCGUGGAUAUGAAUUUGUUCAUCUCCUUUAUCUUGGCAAGUGCUACGGUCGAGCAUGAAAUCAUACUUAAUGGAUCGCCCGGGGUCCCAUCUGGUUUUGUAUAAAGAGAAAUCUCGCCAGUCUUAUCCAGAGCAAUGAUGAGGCUUCCUUCGCUCACAGCUUCCUCCUUCGAAGUUGCAUCUAGCACAAUGAUUCUUCCCUCAUCGUACAUAUUGAACGUAGUGGAGAGGGGGAGUUUAGUCAGGUUCAGGGGUGACGGGACCCUUUCUUCUGGACGGUAGACGGUCACCCGCCCGUCGCGAACAACCGCUUCUGGUAGACGGAAGUGGAGUAAACCAGUCAUGAUGGCAAGACAGCAACUGUCAACCAGUCCACCGUCUGAGUCCACGACAUGUACAUCUGCCCGAACAUGCCAACAAUUCUUCCCCGCCGCAAUGCACAGCGAUUCCGUGUCGAGGGCAUUGGACCGCCGGAUUAUCCUAUCAAGGGUACGGACAAGCUGGGUUUCUAGCUCCGAUUGUCUACCGAUUUAACGCACCUCCCCGUCUCGUAGGCAGGCGAAGCCAUAUCAUUAAGUUCCACCGAAACUGUGAAAAUUCCAUCGUUCUCCCUCUCAGGGCGGGGCUUCGUCACCUCCGCAGAUAUGCGCACGACGACACUAGCUUUUGCGUCAGUCACUAAAAUAUAUAAGUAUAUUCUUCUUCCGUAGGCGAAUAUUGAAAUAUAUAGAGUAGCUUCGUCUCUGACGAGCAAGCACAAAAUGACUAAACGAACGAACCUAGUUUUUCCCAAUUGCAGUUUGACAUGUCCGUAUUCAUCCCCGAAGGAGACUGUCAGCGGGCGGAGCUGGUCCAAAGCACGGCCAUCGAGUCGCACAUUUUUAUGGAGAGCCUCCAGGAUGAAUGUGCGCUCGUUGGCCGAAAUAUCAGCUUCCUUCGGCAUGCUCAGGUGUUUCUAUCCAAUAUUCCAUGGGUGGAGGACUCAGGUUGACGCUUAAAAUUCCGCAGGCAUACGCCAGAGCUCUUCAUAACAUACGGACAAUCAUUGAUGCGACAUGUGUGAUGCUGACUAAGCGCUUUUAUUUCUUGGCAUUUAUUGAGUGUUCCCGUUGAUUCUCCUGUUCAUGACAACCAAAGGGCACGUCGGUGAAGACAAUCAACAAUCACGUUUUGAUUUUCAUAUUAAUCACUGUCACGAGCUCCAACAUGACCACAGCCCAUAGGCCAACCUUUGACCCGGCACGAGGCAAGGAGGCUCUAAGAGGUCCCGCAUACCACCAGCGUCUUCUCCCGGCACAUACAUUCCUGAAAACCAGAAAACCCGGACAAGGUGGCGAUGCAGACGAGAAGCGCGAUCUGAGAGCCGAGCUCCUGAGAGCUGAGGCCGCCCAUUUUGCCAAGAAGGGUAUUUCCCAAGAUACCUCCGCAUCUUCCGCAUCCUCUCCCGCUGCGAUCGAGCCAUCCGUACCGAAACGCCAGCUUGAGAAUGGGUCGAGUGAAGUUGAGAUCGGCGACAUAGAAGACCCGGAGGCUAAGAGGCGGCGAAUACUAGAGGAAACACGAGAUAUAGAUGCGGAUUCAGCUGGGUCAGAGAGCGAUAGUAGUGAAGACGAUAGUGAUGAUGAAGAAGAAGAUGAAACUGCGGAGUUAAUGCGAGAAUUAGAAAAGAUUAAAAAGGAACGAGCUGAGCAGAAGGCAAAAGAGGAACAAGAGCGAGAAGCGCAAGAACAGGAGAAACGCGAAGUCGAUAUCGCACGAGGCAACCCGCUACUUAAUCCACAGGACUUCAAUGUUAAGCGGCGAUGGGACGAUGAUGUUGUCUUUAAGAAUCAAGCGCGCGGUACGGAGAAUAGGGGCAAAAAGGAAUUUGUUAACGAUUUGUUACGUUCCGAUUUCCAUAAACGCUUCAUGUCUAAAUACGUGAGGUAACCUGGGUUGACAUCGGUAACAUUGGAGUCACCUAGGUACUCAACUGUACAUAUACAAAAAUAAUACGAACGAAGUACCCCAAUACGCAUCUUCGCGUUCUUUGCCAGCGGUAGAAAAUUCUACAUGGUAGGUCACUGCACCGUCGCACAACUAGAAUUGGCAACCCAUCAGCCCCCAAGGUCGUCUUUGUCCGCAUCUUUGAGUUUUUAAGACCGAUCCGGCCACGGUGUCACUCUGUAUUAGCCUACCAUGCUGGGUAGGCCGCGGAUCAUUCCGAAGACUAUGAGCUCUGCUCAAACUCCAGGGGAAUGGAAAGGGGGACGGUACAAGGACUGCAGCAGUGAGGAAAAGGGCAGAUCACAUAGCACGGGUUAGGAACGUGGGAUUGAUAUUGCUAUUUCAUAGAUAUAGUACAUAGUUAUUACAUGCUACGGGAAUAAGGACUCUAGUUCAUUGCCA